CACCUACGGUUCGUUCCUACCGCCUAGCCUCUACGCUACUCCAUUUCCGAUACCGGUAGCCAUUUUGCACCGUGACGUCAGCCCUCGUCCCCGAAGAGAGGGGAAAAAUCGAGGAGGCUUAACUUGCGGAAGAUGGAGACUGCGCUACAGCGUGAGAUGCUGGAUGAUCAAUACCGACUUCCGAGUCGAAUUCUGGACCGAAUUAUACAGUCAAGGGAGAUACAGACGAGCAUCAUGAAAACAGUGACGCAUACCUGCACGCCAGGAGCUACGGAUCUACCUGGAAACGAUUCAAUUGAGGAUAUCGCUGAAUCAGUAGACGAAUUACGGGAAAAAUUGGCAAACAUGAAGAGAUUGAUGGAAGAGCGAAGAGGUACCACCCUGGGCGAAAUUAGUGCAAGAAAGAGAAAAGAGACCUCGGAUAUCAUAGAUGGCUACUUCUUAUCUUGGAUAUUCGGCUCAGCACUCAUCGUGAUUUUGAGUGUCAGUUUUUACGCGUUUUACAAUCUGUACCAUGCAGUCUUAAAAAAAUUUCCAUCACAUCAUACAGAAUUGUAAACCAACGGUAAUUUUCACCCUUUAAAACCAUAUAUUUUGUUUUUUUCUUCGAUAAUAUACUACCUUAGUUACCAUGAUAAUUUUCAGGAUAAGAAUGAGGAAAUUUUUACUGAUAAACAAUUCGCCUUGGAUAUAUUCCUUUGCAAACAAUAGAUGGCAAACAAAAAAAUGUGCCCAAAGAUCUCGAAUUUAUUGCGCGAUUCUCAAGAAGCAUACCAGCUAAUGGCUUCGUUCGUGUCAAAAAUAUCUGUCUACGCUCUAGGAUAUCGUAACGAGACAUCUGAAGUAGAAAGAAUUUAGAAACAAAUUAGAAAGAAUUUGAAAAAUGGAUAGAAUGACAAAAAGGUUCCUUUUAUAUGUAUGUACUUGACAAGUUCAACGAAUAUUUAUUAAUAUAAUAUUUUAAUAUUUUAUUAUUCAGGUCGAAAAACACUUCUUUUUUUUCACUACACAUUUCUCAAAGAACUGUACUCUCAUGAAAAAAAUUCAGUUCUGUAUCAAAAUUACACGUUGUGUCAGAAAAGAAGCAAGUGCCUUAAAACAUCUUUUAGCACUAUUCAUUUUAGUGCGUUCGUAUACAUGUAAUUCUAUAGUUAUGAAGAAUGAGGCACUUAAAAUGGAUAACACAAAUAACAAAAAUAGUUUUCGAUCUUAAGAUGAAAAUAAAUACAAUAUCUUGAUUUUGAAAAAUGUAUGAUCUCUUUAUUUUUAUUCUUAUUUCGAUAAAUUGAAUAUCUAAAAUAUUUUUUUUAUUUUCAAAUAUAAAAAAAUAAGGUGUAUUUUAAGAAUUAAAUCCUACAUUGUAUUUCCUUUCUAGACAUUGAUACAUUGUAUGGCAUGUGAAAGUUGUUUCUAUGAUUCUUGAUCCAUACUUCACUUUUUUACUGUAGUUUUAUAUUAUGUAGUACUUAAAUUUUAUAUUGCACAGUGUCCUGAUUAUCUUUAAAAAAUUUUAGUUCCAAAAUAUCUACAUUCAUGGAUAAUCAAUACAUUAAUUAACAUGAAGCUACACGUAAAAGCUGUAUUUGUACGUGUAAUCAAAAUUUGUACGUGUCAUCAAAAUCCAUUCAUCGAAUUAAAGUUUCAUUUUAAAUUGUACGAUUUCAAAUUUCUAUAUCGAUCAUUUACUCAACUGUACAUAUUGUGAAUAUUAAAUAAAGAUUAUAACUCAGUUGAAAA